CUCCCCCGCCGCUGCUGGGCGACUGGCUUCUUUUCUUCCUCGCGCCCACUCUACUGUCUCGUGCAGCGACCCGCGACGGCUUCUAUUUUGUCUUCACUUUCUCCAGAGCCACGGCCAUCCCAAAGGCCAGCCUAUCGAGGCUGAGCCCGGCCUGAACGCGAGACAUUCCUGACCCAGUGUCAGUCCAUUCAACCACUCUUCUCCUUGGCGGCGUCCCGCGAGCAAGCACAUAGGCGUUCCGGAUGGACUGCUAGAGAUACCCAGAUUUGACGACCAGGCCCGAAUUCUUUUGUCCAGCGCAUCCUCGUUGCUCUAUUCCUCCCCAGACAUCCUAACCACCCCAUCGUCAUCGCGCCCGGCCCCAGCGCCAGCGACUCGCAAACCCGGGCGAUAAAUCGCGCAUCUACAGCUCAGACCUCCGGCAUGGUUGUAAAGGAAGAUGGGACCAAAUGGGCAUGCCAAUCAUGUCUCAAAGGUCAUCGCGUGAGCGGCUGCAACCAUACCGACCGCGAACUCACCCUCGUGCCCAAGAAGGGGAGACCCGUUACGCAGUGCCAGCACUGUCGUCUCGAGCGCAAGAAGCGGUCUGCGCAUGUCAAGUGUGACUGUGGCGAGGCCGAGAAGCCGCAUCACCCAAAAGAGAAAUGCAUACAUCUCCGUGAAGCUGAAGAGCGUGCAAAGGCUGGCUUUCACGACGACACCCACAUCAAGCAGGAGGAUGAUGCGGCUCACCUCGUUGCAGUCGCAGAGGAGCAGGGUUGUUGCUGUCACCACGGCGGCAAGUGCUCCUGCUCUCUCAUCAAGAGAGAGCCCGCAAACAAAGGCUCAAGUCCGCCACAUGGUCCUGCUGUGCCUAAACCUCGGUUGGAGACAACCAAAUCCGAUGGUUCUAUAACAGUCUUUGCGAAUGGCCACCAUAAACCAGUACAUCGCAAAAACCACGCUGCCCAUGAGUGCGGCAUGCCGUACAAGAUGCCGUUACCACGAGCGCACACCGAUAACAAUGUGUCGCAAGCGGCCCGCCGAUCCGUUGACAGCCUACCACUACAGACGGCGUCCCUGUUUGAGCCAUCGAACGCGGCCCCUGCGGCCAAGAUGCCCCUUGGCGCUAUGGCACGUCGAAUGUCCAAGUCGGAACAGCCGUCGCCGAAGCUCAGUGGCAUCGGGACAAGCAGUGUUGGACUCUCCGACGCCACGCUUUCCGCAAUCGACUUCAGCACUCUGGGGCCCAUCUUGACCAACCAAAGUGUGGAAUCAUGCACCAGCGAGUCCAUUUCGUUUCCCGCCUUCGAGCCCAUGUCCGGCGUGGCCGACGGGUCUUACGAUCCUUGGUCAAUCCUUCCAACCACAGACUCUAUGCCUAACAAUGACCCCUUCGGUGUAUGGACGUCUCAGUUUGACAGCAGUAAUGUUGCGCAGCCGGCCCUGACUGCAGCCUCGUCAGGCACGCAAUCGGAAAUUGAUGAAAUUCCUACUGUAGAUGACCUCUAUGGCCUGGCAAUGCCUAGCAUUCAAGAGGACGUUGCUACAUUCCCUCUCGAUUCUGCGAUGAACGAUACCAACAACGUCAAUCGACGCAGUUUGCCUCCUAAUUUCUUUGGCAAUGCGGACUUCAACAUGUCCAACAUGGGUAACGAGUGGGGUAUGCCCGCUGGCGAUGGCUUUGGCACGAGCACGAACAAAAUCAAGGCCGAAAGUACUGCACAGGGGUCUCCAUAUGCGCAAUGGCCGACAACAUCAUUUGGAACAUCUGCGGCUUCUCGUACUGCUAGCGUUACUGCUGGAGGACGACCACAAUCGCAGUCAGUCGGUCCGGCAAAUGCACCAAGUGAUGAUCUCAUGAAACAAUUGUUUCCUGGCAUCGAGGUCAACGACAAUCAAUUCUCAAUUGGCUCCAGCGGAGCAGAAGGACACCAGGCCAGUCAAACUUUGAGCGGUACCACUUCCCCGCCAAACUCGCAACUUAUGGAUACUUCGCACAGCCCGAACAACUUCGGCUUUGUAUCGCAGUCAUGGAGCGACGGAUCACUCAGCGUUCCUGUCGAUGCUUUCUCAGAUCCGUACAAUCUUGAGUCCGGUUAUGAUUCGAGUUUCCCCAGUGCAUGGUCUUAUCAAUAACACAGGAGGCUGGCCUCGCCAGUCGGUUGGAACCAGUGAGAUGACGGUCUUGAGUCUAACGAGGAAGAAUACGAGCCAUUAGCAUCGUUGGCAUUGUGGCCUGGUCGUUCAGCGUUGAUUUAUUCAAGAAUCUCGAGCUCAGGUAUACAUAGCGAUGAAUGCAAACGAACAUUGACGCCUAGUCGAAGCACGUUCUAUUAUUACGCG